AUGACUAAGGAGUUCAAGAUGAGCAUGGUGGGAGAGUUGAAGUACUUUCUUGGACUUCAAGUGAAUCAGACUGAGAAAGGAAUCUUUGUGGGGUGUAUUGGAAAAGGGAUUUUAAAGAUUUUAGGUGAUAUUGAGCUUAUAGCCGUUGAUAACCGCCGUGCCUCCAUCGUCGUCCGUAACGAUCCUGAGCUCAUCGACAUCUUAGCUAUGAACGGAGUCGAUGGACCACAAACCUCCGCUCUCGGAGUCUCAGCACCGUUACCACCGCUCAAGCCAACUUCAUGUGCGUCACAGUCGACAACGACGAAGGUGGUGGUCGUGAGUCACGGAGUUGGUGGUGGUCGUGAGUCACUGUUUGACCACUAA